ACGCAGCAAAGAGAGAGGGGGGGAGUAGCGGCAGAUGCUUUGUGUCCGACGCAGUAUCUUUUCUUGUCUGACUCGGGCCGAUCUGUGAGCAAUGUGCGGGAACUGUUCACUGUCAUUAUAAAGGCCAAGAGCCUCAUCCCACCCAAUUUGUCACCCCACUCUCAUUCUCCUUCCGCUCCUUUAUCUCUCACCUCUCCUCAAAAGAGGAAAGAUGACGUCCAUGAUUCCAAGCAAGUCAGCAGACUCUCACCUAGAGCCGUCAACCGUCAGCAACUCUGUAUCCAACGCGGGCACGACGCUGCCAAGGAUGACGCAGGCACCGAUUCGCAAGACGAUCUCGCUUUCAUCAAUCUUUCGCGAGAAACGACGACCGCGAAGUUCCUCGCUGCUCCCACCCGAUGAGCUCGAGCAACAAGACGGCAAGCGCAAGAAAAAGCCAAGCCAGCGCUCCUUUUCCCCAAGUUCUCCCACCCAGCCUUACUUCUCGUCUCAGCCAGAAUCGACAUCAUCAUCCUCCUCGGUCGGACGAUGGCACGGUCGACUGUCUCGCGUUGUCCCUUUCCACAAUGCUCCACCCUCCUCCCCACCGCCGAUGCCCAUUCCGAGCCGUCCGGCGUGCCCUGCUCCUCUCCUCGACUUGUCCGCCUUCGACGAGGACGAUGAACACGCCUUCCUGCCCCGACACGACCUUGAUCCGAAAGCUCUCCUCUCGCUUCAGGCCGCCACUGCAGCGGCAUCGUCAGCACCCAUUGGCAGUGUCGGAGCCAGCGGUGUAUCCACUCCUCUCCAGCGAAGUCUCAGCCAAGAGUCAUUCCACUGCCGGGGCCUGGACCUUGACUUCAUGGAGGGUUAUGGAGCUGCGCAGCCCCGGCUCGGCGGAGACAACGUCGCCAAGGGAAUGGAGACGAUGACGGCAAACACUCGCCCUGUGUCGAUGGUCUCGCUCGACACACUCGACUCCCUCUCGUCUGUCUCUUCUUCGGCAUCGUCUGUCUGGUCCGACGCAUACUCGACCCUCUCAUCGCGGAUGGAGAUGACUUCUCCGUUUCAAUGCCCUCCCUCGCCUCCUCCGCAGCUCAACCUCGUCUUCAUCAUGCCCAAAGACAUUGUCGACGAAGCCCCGCAGCGAGUCGAGAUCGCAACAUCAAGCAGCGACUCAGUCCUUGAGCUCAAAGAACAUGUCAGUAGGCGCCUCGACUGCUCCCCACGCUCUUUGGCCCUCGUCAUCGCAAGCACCAGCGACUGCGACGAGCCGACCGACAACAGGCGCAGGCUUGACAACGAUCGCGCUCUGUACGAGGAGGGUCUGCAGGACAACGACGAAAUUAUCGUAGAGCUUCUUCCUCACACCGCAAGAAACUCCGCCAGCACCUCGGCGUGCUACGCAAAGUCCUUCUUUUGAGCGAUUCACUAUCCUUCAACAACAAUCCGAGCGCUGAGCGUUCGCUCCCUUCUCUUCAUUAUUGUUUUCCAGCAUAUACCCGAGCCGUCAUGGGUUCGUCCUAGACAGCCAACUCAUUCUCACAUCAACAACGUUCCCUAGCAUUCUCUCCAUUGUCCUCAAUUUUGUACAACGUCACACUCUCUGUCUCUCAGCAUUCAAGACCUAGGAAAUCCGCAUUCAAUUGACUCUAAGGACA